UUUUUCCCUUUAAAUUGUGACUCUUACUCUUUCUUCUUUUCUUUCUUUCACUCAACACUCUUUGUUUUUAUAUCAAGAACUUCCAACAGUAUGCAGGUUGCUUUUACUCUUCUUGGCAUAGAGAGAUUGCGGCAGUGUUGUGCUACGUGGCUUCUGCUUGAAAAAUAUCUCCUUAAGCACUAUAACUGGAAGUGGGAAUUUACAGGAGAUUCAUCUAGGAGCAGUUCAGGAAACUGUGAUUCUAGAAAGGCCUUGAUCAAAGAAAGCGUUAAGUCUAAGUACAAUCCAACCAAACUGCUAAUGAACGGAGUUGGAUGGGCAGUACCGCAAUCUCAGGGAAGUAAAGGAAGCAAUGAUAUGGUACUUCAUAAACGCUUUUACGAAACUCAUCAAAACUCAGCCAAAAUUAACUCAGAAACAUUUAAAGUUGGCAAAUGUGAACCAUGGUUCUGGUUCCCUACUCCUGCUACUACUUGGGAAGGGCCAGAUUUUCAUGCCCGCGCUGGCACUUCAAAAGAUGAAAGUCCAUGGAAGAUUAAGGCAUCAGUAAUACACUCUGUCCGUGCUCAUCAUGGAGCACUGGGGUCUUUGGCUGUGGAUCAAGAUGAGUGUAUUGUAUUUACUGCAGGAGUUGGUCCUGGUUUUAAGGUGGGACUUGUCAACUGUUGAUUGCGUGUCUGGUUACUAUGGGCAUGAAGAGGUUUGCUUCCUAUUAAACUUUUGCAUCAUUGGUGGUUUUCCCGUUUUUUUCACUGUUCUUUUCAACAGCUCAUUGGUAAAAAGAGAUGCCCAUCUUGAUAACUUGAGAAGGAUAUAUGACAGAUUCAAACAAUGAUGUUGAUGUAGAAUUCAUAGGUCUAGAAUAACACAUUCUGUGAAGUUCAUAUUUGGUGUUCUCUGGUCAGUGGACAACUUGAGUAUCAAAUUUUGUCCAUUGUCCUAGAUUUAUUUGA